CCUCUCUAUAUAUAAUUUCAUUUGUCCCCUCCAGCCAGCCAAUUCCGCUCCAUCUCUAAUUUUCUCUAAAUAUCUGAUCUUGAUUUUCAAACCGAGUUGUUUGAUGUUUUUGAGCUCUAUCCCCUUUUCCUGAUUUCUGUUUCACCCCCAAUUCUCGAUUGGGGGAUGAUCAAUUACAUCCAAUCUUGUUAAUCCUCCGCUGCAAUUCCAAUCCAAAUGUUCUGUUUCCAAAGCUCAAUUCCAGUUGACCACCACAUAGAAAUGGCCAAAUCCGUUUCCAAGGCGAAGCAAAAGAAUCCGAAUCUCCCUCAUCACUGCGAUCAAUCCCGCUCCGCCUUGAUCGAUGUUGUGAUCCUGAUCGCCGUGAUUUGCGCCUUCGGAUUCCUGCUGUAUCCAUACGCGAAGAUCCUAGGGCAGAAAACCGCCGAGCUCUCCGAGGAAGUCGCCGAGGUGGUGAUUGAGGAAGUCCUCCGCGCGCCGCUGGUGUUCGGAUGCUUAGGUCUCAGCAUAGUCUUCGCGGUGACGGCGCUGGUGGUGAUCACCUUGUGCACGGACAACCGAUGCGGCAAAGCCGGCUGCAGUGGGCUGCGGAAGGCUGCUGAAUUCGACAUUCAGUUGGAAACUGAGGAUGCUGUGAGCAGGUCUAAUCUUCAGCUAUCAUCAUCAUACAAGAAGGGGCUGUUUGAAUUGCCUCGCGAUCAUCACCGGGAGCUUGAGGCGGAGCUGAAGAAGAUGGCGCCGCCUAAUGGCAGGGCGGUGCUGGUGUUCCGAGCGAGGUGUGGAUGCUCCCUCGGUCGAAUGGAGGUGCCGGGGCCUAGGAAAUCUCGGAAGGUUAGAAAGUAGGUAUACUUGAUAGCAAUGUUUUUUUUUUAUAUAUGCAUACUGAUAUAGAGAUUGAGAUGAGCAGGUCUCUUUUACAUAUUUAUUUGCUUUCACAAUACAAGGAUAUCAAGAAUAAGGUCAUUUGAAUAAAUUAUAUGAACAUUAUACAUUGCUAGUUAUUCCAAGAAUGUGGAGUUCACUUACUUACUAGGCUCUAUUACAUUAGUUCAUGCCAUUUGUUCACUUCAGGAAAAUAAGCUUCUUGUUAUU